UUUUUCAAACACAAACCGAUAAGCCUCUUUAUGCUCUUUUCUUCUCUUCAUCUCUAAGCUUCGUACAUACCAGGCCCCUUAACUUGAAAGAAAAAACAAAAAUAUUUUUUUUUUUUGCUUUUUUUUUUUUUCCUUUUCUUUUUAGAGAAAAAACAUGUUAUCACUGAGACCUUGCAAGACCCAUUGCCAAUCAACAUUUUUCUCUACCCCUUCUGAGCUUCAAAGACUAAAACAAACACAAACGAUAAAAUAUUUUCCAAACAAAAUGUUGGUCCAAAGAAGAAAACUAAUUGGCAUAAGAGGAUGUGCCAGCGCUGGGCAAGGAGAAGGAGAAAAUAAGAGCGAGAGGCGAAAUUUCUUGAGCCUAGAAGAGGCAGGUUUAGUGGAAAUGUCUGGCCUCAGCACUCACGAGCGAUUUCUUUGCCGUUUAACGAUAUCGUCCUUAAAUUUGCUAAGAGUGAUAUCAGAGCAAGAAGGAUGUCCGAUUGAGGAACUAAAUGCAGGAAGAGUAUGCGACUGGUUUGUCAAAGAUAAGCUGAAGCGAGAACAGAACAUCGAUUCUGCUGUCCUUCAAUGGGAUGACUCAGAAUUUCAAUUUUGAUCUUUUGAAAAAAAAAAAAAGAAAGAAAAAAAAAAAAGAAAGGGACAAAAAGCAACAAAAACAAAGUCCACCACUCUACUAGUUCUAUUGAAUUUUUGCCCUUGUAGUCCGUUUGAACGAGACCUUGAUUUUUCUUUUUCGCACUUGAUUUGGUUGUGUUUUGAACAAUGAGUAAACGUGUAACGACCACAUUAUUUUAUCAUUGAAUUG